AUGUGCUACUGCAUGGACCUCAAACAAAAUUCAACAAACUGCAUAUCGAUCAAAACACAGCUGCCGCCAUCAUAAGAUAAUAUCACACCCCAUCUGACUAAAGUUCAGAUCUACUUAUUUCUUUCAUGUAGAUCUGAUGACAAUGUAUAUGUUUCACCUUCUUUUUAAUUCGGAUUUCCCGAGAAAUAUAUUUUUAGCCGUGCAGUCAAUAGCCAUUAGAAGAAUACCGUUAUCCGUGGAAGUUAACAAAAAAAUAUAUUUGUCAGAAAUAAAUGUUGAAGUAAUUCUUAACAAAUUAACUUGAAAUAAUAAAGUAAAUUUUUAAUAGGCAAGUUUGUUUGCAAGUUUACCUGUCGACUUUAUAUACAGCGCCAUGUUUGUUCUCGACAUGGAAAAUUACCUAUUCAGUAUUGCUUUUCCCAGGGUUAAAAUUAAAAACCGCAUCGCUUUCCAAAUUAUUAAAGCUCGCCGAUGAUUGGCUAAGUGAAAGGUCGCCAGACACGACUUCCAAUUUGGUCAUAGUCAGAUCUAAAAGCAAAGCGUUAUUUAGGGCUGAUUUUAAUCAGAUUGAUCGAUUGAUUGAUUGUUUGAUUGAUAUCACACUCGUUCUUAAACAACAUUGGAUUCCAGUGCAUAAAAUAAUUCAGUUUAAGAUUUUAACGCAUACCUACGAAGUUUUAAAUGGUUAAUCAACGAAUAUUUGAUUGAAAUAUUAUAUUUUUACAAUCCAAGAAUGAAUCUGCGAUAGUAAAAAGUACAAAUGUAACACACAGACCUACGAUUUGAUUGCAGCUUCGAAACUGUGAAACAAUCUACCAUCCGUUGUGAGAAAUUCAAGUGUAUUAUAUGACCUUUUAACACACAAAGACUUUGAAUAUUUUUUUAAUAAUGUAUCUUACACAGCAUUUUCCGAGGACUUCGACAAUAAUGUGAUAUAAAUCAUGUUGUUACAAUCUUUUUCAAUUCUUUUAUGAUAUGUUAGUACAAUCAUAUAUUGUGUGUAAAUAUAUGCGAAUGUAAGUGCAAUUAAGUUGUCGAAUGCAAAUUAUAAUAUUUCCAUUUUAAUAUGUUCUACCACUGUCAAACGCUUUUGAUUUAAAAAGGCCAUAAAUAAGUUUGGUAAAUCAUAAAAAUAUUGAUGAUGAUGAUAAUUCUUCUCUUAAUUUGAAUAAAAAGCGUGUUGCUACGAUUGAUCAGUUUUCGUUUUUUUUUUUGUUUUUUUUUACAGACUUUUGUUGUGAAUGACUUGUGAAUGUAAGGCUAGCAGCACUUAUCACUCUACUAGUAUAACAUUAUGCUACAAUUUGAUAAAAAUUACUGAAUGGUUGUGUCAAAUUAUUUUAUUUCAGUUACAUCAUUUAUUGUGAUAAAGAGUGCUUUAGGCACACAUGUUACACACAAGCCAUGACACUAGAGAGAUUUGUACAUUUUCAUGUCAAUAACCGUUAUGUUGCCUUCUUACAUUUAGCGCUUGUCAGCGGUAAUCUUUUUAAAGUUUUCGAUAAAUGUCGUGUAGUGAAGGUCUAAAUGGAAUAGCUUUCUUGCACAAUCCUGUAUUUUAACAGGUCAGUCUUAGUUUGGCUCAUGCGCUAGAAGUCGUGGCAGUACAUUUCAACGAUUAUAAAGGCCUUGUACAAGCUGCCAAUGUUAUUGCUACUAUGAGCACGUUGCUCUGUGGUAUAAGUAACAUCUACAGCUUCCUAAUGAAUUAUAGGCGAGACAUGCUGAUGCUGUUUAAGGGUGACAGAAGCUUCAUUCCCAAUACGGUACAAACAUUUUCACCAAAUGUUUACAUGGCUCAAGGAAUGCGAUUUAUUGGCACAUCAAUAACUGGGAUGUUUUGGGGAACAAUAUUUUGCUACCUGCUUGUCUUUUUGCCAUUGGCGGCAAUGUUUGUGACAAUCAAAAUCCUUAAUCAGAAGAAUCUACUUGACCAGAUAUGGAUACAGUUUCAGUGGCUUAUGUAUCUAUAACAUUCUUAUUAUCUUAAUUACAUAUCUUACGAUUCAAAACAUAUAUAUAUGGUUUAAAGAAAUUGGCAAUAGUAAAAAUGCAAUAACCAAAAAACCGAAAAAGACAUCGACGACAAAAUAUCUUCAUGCGCAUGUAAACUUCAAAAGUAUUAUUAAUACAAUUAUAAAAGAAUAUUUGCUCGCAUUUAAAUCAUUUACAUUUAUUGCACCAUACAUGAAUUCAUACAGUAAAAGAAAAAAUAAUCAGGUAAAACGGCAGGUUAAAUUGAAGCGUUAUUUGAAGAAAAUAAGAUAUUGUUCUUUAAUUAUGGUCACGUUGAUAUGACAAUUCAAAAGUGUUCUAUUGAAUCCGAUUGACACAUACAUAUUUUCUAAAAUUCUAAGAUGUUUUCUUGCAGAUAUCC